GGUAAUGUGAUGCUUCAUUAAGUAGGAAAGAGUAGGCAGUUCUUUCUGACAGAGCAGAGGACCAGACUCAACCCAAUGCUGUUGCAACACCAGAACCAGCUACCCAGACCCCUGGACCCCCCUAGACCCCCAGGGGUAAAAACAUUGUCUUAGUGGAUGACAAGGCAGCAGGACAGAUAACUGAUACUGUUGACAAUGUUGAUACUUCAACAACAUUGGUUCAACCACUAUGUUGUUUAUCAUCUGACAGGGCAUCAUCUCACUGGAUUAAUUCAGAAGAUGGUAGGAAGACAGAUCAACAAGAGGGCAAACAUUGUUUAGAGAGGUUCUUGUGGAAAAUAAAUUAAAUAACUUUAUUUGAACUUGUCAUGUCCACUGUGAUGUUUAGGAUAUUUCCCACUAACACAUCAUCUAUGUCUUUAUCAGUAUCAAUAAUGAUACAUCCUGUGAUCUUGGGGGGCAAACCAGUCUGGGAGGGAACAUUACAUUCAGUCAACCAAUGACUUUGCCGCUCUUUGUAUCUGUCCAUGUAUGGUAACGAAAAGAAAGACCCUCCAGUGGAAUAGUCAAGUGUCUCAGUCACGCCAGUGAAUGUGAAUUAAUAUGGAGAUGCAGUUGAUAGUCCUGAUUGUCCUACACUUGGUCUCUUCAGUGUCCUCCACUAUGACCAGAGUGGUCAAACCUGGGGAGACUGUCUGUAUGUCCUGUAACGUACCUAUGAAGACCUCGACAACGUGGUACGGACAAGAGAGCAACAAGACGCCCUUUGUCAUCAUAUCGGCCAAACAAUAUGACGUUAACCAAAAGGAAGUUCUAAAUAAAUUCCUCCAUGGCAACAACAAUGCAUUCAGCACAAAGUUAGAGGACAAUGGCUCCAUCAGUCUGACCAUCAGCAACAUUAAUGAGUCUUUGCUAGGAUUCUACUUUUGUACUUCAGGAAUCGACAAAGAACUUACAGUUGGAUCCGGUUACAUUCUUGAAUAUGAGAAGGGCAGUGUUUCACCUAAAAGAGAUGAUGAUGAGAAACUGGAUGGAUUUUCAACAGGUCCUCCUGAGUCUUCAGAAUGUCAUGCUGGGUGUUCAGGGCAGUGCUGGGUGCUGAUGGCCAUUUUGUGUCCUCUCAGUGCUGCUUUAGUGGGACUGUUGGCCUUUAUUCUUACCUGGAUCCUUCACAGAAAAGGAAACAAUGAAUCAGAGAGUAUAAAAACAGACCAGGGACACAGCAACAAUGUACAGGGAGGGGCAGAGGGAGUUCUUUACAGUUCCUUGAAUUUCUCAAAGGAAGAUCACCGUGGCAAAAGAAAUAUCACACAUCAUUAAUGUGAUCCUGUGUAUCUUUUCAGUUAAUGUUACAUAAUAGGAACAUGCUGAAUUUAUGUUUUAAUGUGAGUACAGCUUCUAGUACAGAUAUCUACCUUGUGUGCUGCAGUUGUACUAUGUUGUCCUUUAAAAUAUACAUUCCUUCAAAACAUUGGUUCCGAACUACAGUCCUCAAGUAUCCCCAAAAGUACACAUUUUCCUUGUAGCCCCAGCCAAGCACAGCUGAUUCAAAUUAUGAACUAAUUAUCAAGCUCUCAUUGAGUUCAAUUGGGUUUGCUUGUCUAGGGCUAAAACAAAAAUGUGUGCCGGAAUUGGGAACCAAUGCUUUAAAACAUGUGUUUUUAUUGCUAUUGUGACAGAGAGUACCGUUCCUUUAAGGAUCAGACCAUCCCAUUCAGGAGACUCCUUGUAGCCUGAUUUGUAGGUUGGAAUCACCCAGGGUACAUCAAGGCUUUUGUUUGGGGUUUGGGAGGACGGUUGGUGUAUUACUUGGUGGUACAUUCUGUGUUCCAGUAUUAAUCCAUGUGGAUACAGGGAGGCAGUAUGGUUUUGUGUAUUGGGUCAUUUAUGUCUGUAUAACGUAAUUGUAAUGUGUAAAACCAACAGUCGGAACUGGAAGAAACCAGGGUGAAGAGUCGGAUUGGUCCGCUGCGUUUUAUGGUAUCAAUAAGGCAUCAUAGGUCUGGUGUUCUUCUCCUGGUUAAUCUUAUCACCAGUUAAUUCUUCUGUUUAACAGGACUAUGCCGCAGCUGUUUUGCUUGGCUAGGAAUUCUAUCAUUGUGUUAUGACUUAAUGAAUAGCGUAGGGAGUUUGGUGUGAUUGUGUUCAUCUCAGUAAUACCCUAAAUGACUUCUCUGUCUAUAGGCUUUAUUUAGGAGUUAGUAGUUGUAUGUAACUUUAUGGGCGGGGCUAAGAAUUGUAUUCAGUUCUUUGAUUUGAGCGCGGGGCUCUGGGUGGGACUGUAGUCAAGGUUACUGCAUGGGGGGUGGUAGGAUAAAGUGACUUCCACCAGUAGUCAUGAGUGUGUGAGUAUCCCCACAGUCACAGUGGUGCAGGGUCCCAGGGUUAUCAGUGUGAUCAUCCCCACAGUCACAGUGGUGCAGGGUCCCAGGGUUAUCAGUGUGAUCAUC